UGCUCAUUCACUCACAACGCUGAAGCAGACAUGAGUUUUAUUCCUCACCUAAUACUGGCUGGACUCAUUGGAAUUCACUGUAAAAUUAUUACAGUGAGUCGAGUUUCAGUUAAGGCUGGAGGCUCCAUCUCUAUCCCAUGUCUCUAUGACCAGGACUACAGAGACCAUGUGAAAUACUUGUGUCAAGGAUAUAAAUGGCAUUCGUCUCAUAUAGUAGUUAAAACAAAGCAACGACAAAGUAGUUCAGGAAAGUUUUCAAUCUCUGUUGACACAAACCAAAGAAUCUUCACUGUGACUAUUAAUGAUAUAACGCAUGAGGACACUGAUUUCUGGUGUGGUGUGGAGAAAUGGGGGGAUGAUGAUGGACAGUAUUUUCAGCUGUCAGUGACCACAGGUAUGUCAAAUCUGUACGUGGACCAACAAGAAAUUACAGCAUUUAAAGGACGUAGUGUGACUAUCAACUGUCACUAUAAAUACUCAGCAGAAAGAAAGUGGUGCAGACUGGGCCGCACCUGUGUGACAAAUCAGUUUAGAUCAAUAGAUGGAACAGCAGUGACCAUCGAUGCCAGUGUCUCCGAUGUUUUCACUGUGACUAUGAGUGAACUGAGGACAGAGAGCAGCGGCUGGUACUGGUGUGCCGCGGGAGACUUACAGAUGCCAGUGCACAUAACUGUUAAUGAAUUACCCUCAACUACAAUGAGCCCCAGUACAGCAAGGACACUUUCUGUUGAACCAAGUACUGCCCAGCCUACAAAAACCGCCAUAACCGGGGCUGGUGGAGAGAGCUUGCAAGAUGAACACAAGAGGCCCACUACAAUGACGAUUCUCAUCAUCACCCUGGUCUUACUGCUGUUAGUUGCUCUCACUGCAUUUUUUGGAUGGAUGAUGAUAAGAUGCAAUCAGACCAAACCUCGGACGUCUGACAUCACAGCGGAUUAUGACAGCCAGACAGUCUCACAAACUGGGAGUGAUCCUGACGUGCUCUAUGCCACCGUUGUUCAUGCGGCCAGGAAGGUCUCACAAACUGGGAGUGAUCCUGACGUGCUCUAUGCCAACGUUGUUCAUGUGGCCAGGAAGGACCAGACACCCAAAGACAGUGUGACAUACAGUACUGUGAAUAAAAGGGAUGGUGCGAAGCAAAUGGAAGCUCAGGAGGUAGAAAAUCAGUCUCUGUGCCUCAGCUCAUGUUCAGUUCUGCUUUCUGACAUGGCUGCUCCUCUCCACUUUCUCCUCAUCCUCACUGGACUCACAGGAAUUCACAGCCUGACUACAGUCAAAAAAGUGUCAGUGAAGCUUGGAAGCUCAAUCUCUAUCCCAUGUCUUUAUAGUUUGAAGUACAAGAACCAUGUGAAAUACUUGUGUAAAGGAUAUUACAGGCACUCCUGCUCUUAUGCAGUUAAAACAAACCAAGACAGUAGUUCAAAAAGGUUUUCAAUCUCUGAUGACCCAAACCAAGGAAUCUUCACUGUGACUAUAAAAGAUCUGACAACUGAAGACACUGAUUAUUGGUGCUUUGUUGAGAUCAAUGGAGGAGCAGAUGUUGGAGAGUAUUUUCAGUUGUCAGUCACCAGUGGUACACCCCGUCUCUCUGUGACUCAUCAGAAGAUUAUGGGAUUUUAUGGAGACGAAAAAACCAUCAAUUGUUCUAACUGUAUCACUGGAGUAAUUAAGUGGUGCAAGCUGGACAGGUCCUGUGUGUCAAAUCAGCCUGGAUCAAUAGAUGGAACAAACGUGACCAUUGUCACAGGAAUCUGCAAUGACCGUGUGACUAUGAGUGGACUGAGGAUAGAGAGCAGUGGCUGGUAUUUAUGUGUUAAAGGAGACUUUCAGAUGCCAGUGCAUCUGACUGUUAAUGAAAAAUCUACCACUACCAAGGCCACAGCCAUAGUCACAGCCACAGCCACAGCCACAGCCACAACCGGACAUACUCAAACUUUAUGCUGCAGUGUUGCAACGAGCCUCAUCAUCACUCUGAGUUUGUUGAUCUUCAUUGUUACGGUGGCCUUGUUCAUCUGUUUUUUAUUGAAAAAGCACAAACAGACCAAAGAAGACUCAUCAGCUACAACAAUGGCUGAAGAGGAAGUAACUUACAGUACUGUCAAUGUUAAACACAAGAGAAAAAGGUCUGGCCAGGCUGUACCGGAUGCAAUAUAUGGUAAUGUUGAUAACACGAGAAAAGCCUCAGUCCAGAGGCCAUGUGCUGAGAGUGAUGUGAAUGUGAUAUACACUGCUGUGGUUACCCAGAAGCAACAACAUGUUUGAAAGGUUGAAGCAGAAGAUAAGGAUGUUACCUAGACCACAUUGCCUCAGCGCUGCCAAAAGAUGUAAAUGUUUAUAUAUGUUUGUCCAUCUCACUAUUACUGGACUCUUUUUGUAAAGUGUUGCAAUGUUGUGCAGUAACUUGAGCUGUAGCACAUUUUGUCCUCUUCUGCAUUGCUGCAACACAUUUCAAAGAAUUAUUAACUACACCAUUGACAACAUGCAUCUGUCUUCAUACUUUAAUGUGCAUUCAGUCAUACUGUGUGAUUAAAGAAUAAAUUACUAUGCAAUGUAACUGAAUAUUGCUGAAAGAAGAAACUUGCAGUGUACAGAGUAGUUCUAUGACCACCAUCAAGAUAAAACUAAGCAAGAAAACAGUUGAAACUUGCAGUACUGUAAAGAUUUUCAUUCUCAUCUCUCUGUCACUGCACAGAUAGUGAUAAAAUGAUUUGUUAGGGGAUUUAAUUAUCACUAUGCCUUCAGUUGCCAAUUAACAAGAAAAGAAUGCAGGCCUGUCUGAGCCCCGGUGAACUCGGCUAAUUUUCCACUGUUUUGAGGUUGGAAAAUUAACCAAUCAAAACACAUGGCAACCUGUGACUGUGACACCUUCAACAUGAUAUGUGGUUAAUGAAACACAUUUUUUCGAUUGAGGAUCAUUCCUUCUCUCUCAACCGUCAAACUGAGGGUCUGUUUCAGAAAUCAUGAUCUUAUUUCACCUUCUUUGUGAACACAAGGCGCUAUAACCAUAGAUAUGUUAAGUACAAACGGGGUGGUAUAUAACACAUAAUCUUACAUACAUGAUUAAGUGUUUAAAUUCAGUAUUUCUUGGUGAUCUUAGUAUCCUGGGCAGGGAGACUAUCCAAAAAUUCAAAGUAUGUCAAUCAUAUUUUUUUACUGUACAAGGAUUUUGACUUAAUUCUUCAGGCUUACUGCGCUUAAAAUAAAAGAUUAUCCACUGGGACCAAUGAACAUACAGUUUCCAGUGAUUUGUAAACAGAUUUCCAUAGUUCAGAUAAGGUGCAUCACAAUUCUGUGUUUCUACUAUCAACAUAGAACUUAUCCAAAGGUUGAAAAAGAUAUAAAGUUUGAUUGAUGACAGACACCAGAAAGUAUUCAAUAUUUUCAAGUGUUUCUGGGUAUUAUCAGAGCAUAAUGAAUAUUGAUAAA